AUGAUCCAUCAAUUCCUGAUAUCCGUCAAUUUCUUUAAUACCGUCAAUUCCAUCCUCGCAGGUCUCGGAAACACAAAGUUAACCGAGCCGCAUUCCUUGCAGGUCUCAGAGAUAAAACUUCAAUCUAAGCCGCAAUCCUCGCAGGUCCCGGAGACACCAAGUCCAUCCGAGCAGCAUUCCUUGCAGGUCUCAGGGGACCAUUAG